AUGCAUCCUGUCACGCUCUUCCCGGCCAUCCUGGCUGUUGCUGGCGUCGCUUCCGCUGCCACUACCUGCUCUAAGGACGUCAAGAUUACCCAGCCUACUCCUGUCAUUGAUUGCGACGUUGUCGAGGGUGAUGUCACCGUCGAUGCGAGUGUUGCCGGGAGCCUGUCCCUCGAGGGCCCUAGACAGAUCAAAGGCGACUUCAUCAUCAACAACGCCUCACAACUUGUUGGCGUUUCUUCGUCGUCGCUCAGGACCGUUGAUGGUACUUGUCGUAUCCAAGGUUGCGAGCUUCUCAACGCUGUCUCGAUGCCUUCAUUCCAAAAGGCUGGGAACCUCGAGUUUAUCAAUCUCCCCCAGCUCACUAGUUUGUCGGUUGGUAACGGGAGUAUCACGGUUAUGACAGUCAGAGUUCAGGACACCUUCGCCUCGGAUCUCAAGGGUCUUAACGUUGCUACCGUCGACAAUAUGACCAUUUCCAACAACCGUCGUUUGAACACGUUCAACUCCACAAUCCAAAACGUUACGAACAUUAUCUCUAUUGUUGACAAUGCUGGCAGCAUGCAGAUUGACAUGCCCAACCUCGAAUCCGCUGGCGAGCUCGACUUCCGAUCCAUCAAGAACUUCGAUGCACCUCGCUUGAAGACUGCCAACCGUCUUAGCUUCCAGGAGAGCCCAGAUCUUCUUUCCGUUUCCGCCAACAAGCUGACCCAAAUCAAGGACUCCCUUACUCUGGAGAACAACAAGAAGCUGGAAAACAUCUCCUUCACUUCUCUCGAGAAGAUCAAUGGCGACAUGACCAUCCGCAACAAUACUGCUCUGGAGAAGAUCAACCUUUUCCCUGAACUGACGACUAUAGGAGGUGCUAUGCUUUUGGCUGGUAGCUUCAACACUGUCGAGAUGCCUAAGCUUAACGACAUCAAGGGCGCCGUGACCGUGACUUCUACCACCGACAUCUCAUCCUUCUGCUCCUUCUUCAACGGCCUGUCGAAGAGCAAGGCUAUCCAGGGCAAGGCGUCUUGCACCUCAAACAAUGCAAAGGCUAAUGAGGGCGGCAAAGGUGGCACUUCAACUAACGGCACCGACUCUGCCGCUGUUAGCCUCGGUAUCAACCACGCCCUGCUGGGCUUUGCUGCUGUUGCUGGAUUUGCGCAAUUGAUCUAA